AUGGCUGGCAAAGAUGGUGCGCCAUCACCAUCACACAGAAUUGAAAUUAAUAAUCCAUUCUACCUCGGUGCCCAUGAUAGGCCGGGGGAUUUUAUCACACCCAUUAAACUCAAACUUGAUAAUUUUGAUGCUUGGUCACAUGCCAUUAAAGUUGCUCUUUGUUCUCGUCGUAAAUUCGGUUUUCUUGAUGGCACAAUUACGGAUAUUGUGUCACCCGCAACAAAGGAGGAUUGGGUUGUGGUACACUGUAUGCUCGUGUCAUUGCUCAUGAAUACAAUCGAUCCUGAGGUAAAAUCUAUGCUUUCAAAUUAUGAUAAUGCUAAACAAUUGUGGGAUGAUUUGCAUGAACGGUUUUGUAUUGUGAAUGGACCUCGGAUUCAUCAGUUGAAAUCUCAAAUUAAUAAAUGUGAGCAAACUAAAACCAUGUCUGUUGCGAUUUAUUUUGGAAAAUUAAAAGUUUUGUGGGAUGAACUUGCUCAAUUACAACCUUUAAUUUCUUGUAAAUGUGGCCAAUGUACUUGUGAUGUUAGUAAGCAACAUGUAAAGCGUCGUGAAGACGAUAUGUUGCAACAAUUUUUGCUUGGUUUGUAUUCCGAGUACUAUGCGCACAUUAGGUCCAAUAUUCUUGCUCAAGAUCCUUUACCAUCCUUGAAUAAAGCCUAUCAACAAGUAUCUCAAGAAGAACUUGUACGUGGCUUUGCACGUGUCCAAGACGAAUCCUUCCCUCCAGUGGGGUUUGCUGUUCGUGCGGCAGUAGGUAGGGGUCGUGGUGUUGUGAAGCCUGCCUCGGUUAUCGUUUGUACUCAUUGCAAGAAGUCGGGUCAUUUGGCUUCACACUGUUAUGCUCUACAAGUGUGUUCUCAUUGCAGCAAACGAGGUCAUGAUAUCACUCGCUGCUUUGAAAUUGUCGGUUAUCCUGAAGGCUGGACCGUGGGGAAUCGAGGCAGCAAGUCAUCUGGUCAAAAUCGUGGAAUGGUGCGUGCCAAUGCAGCAGCAGCCACUGGCGACACUCCUUCUGUUCCGUCUUCAAAUGGUCGGGUUUUCACGGCUGCAAAGUGGAAAGCUAUCAUGGGUUUCUUUGGUAAUGAUAAAAUACCGGAAAAUCGCUUGAGUGGUAAGUUCGAUAUUACUUCUUGGAUCAUUGAUACAGGUGCAACUCAUCAUGUCACUGGAGAAAAAUCUUGGCUAUUUGACAUUACAACUAUACAUUGUCCUGUGGGUUUGCCAAAUGGUGAUAAUGUUAUUGCAUCUAUGGAGGGUUCGGUUUAUUUGUCAGAUAUGAUCACUCUUCAUCACGUUCUAUAUGACCACAUGAAGGCUUUGAUUGGAACGGGAGUUAGGCGGGAUGGACUAUACUACUUCAGCAAACCGAAGGUGGUGUCUACUAUUGAAGCUUCAUCUGAUGUGGAGUUGUGGCAUAGAAGAAUGGGGCACCCUUCUGAGAAAGUAGUUAAGUCUCUUCCUCAUGUCAGUAAAUCCAGGAGUAGUUUGAAUAAAAAUUGUGAAGUCUGUUUUCGUUCUAAACACCAUAGAGACAAGUUUCCUUUAAGUACUAAUAGUUGUUCUCGAAUUUUUGAGAAAAUUCACUGUGAUUUGUGGGGUCCUUAUCGACAUGAGUCAUCGUGUGGUGCUCGUUAUUCUUUGACUAUUGUGGACGAUUUUUCAAGGGCUGUAUAG